AUGACUUAUUCAACAAGGGAAGAACUGCGAUCAAAUGCGGCUUCAGUACCCGAAGAAUAUUGGGCUGAAUAUCCUUGCGUUGUCAAAUGUACUGGAGUAGAAAGUUUUAAAGAGGCGCUCAUAAUAGAAAAACAAUUAUCAAAAUGCCUGGACACCGAUGCAGAAGAAGAGUUAACCAUGUUCAACUUAUUUUCUGCUUUUAAAUUAUGUGCUUGCUCUUGCUUGCUUGCUUGCUGCUCAUUUAAUAGAAACAGUAGGUUUUGGUUAAAAUAUAAAAAACAAAAAUCCAAAAUAGAUCUGCAAAUAAAUAAUCAACUCCAUCAACAUUUAACAAGACAAAACAAUGAUAUACAUCGAAGUCAAUAUUUAUCAACCAGUGGAAAUUAUAGUGCAAUAAAUAACGGACUUACUAAGCUGCUGUACAUAGCCAGAGGCGAUGUUAAGGUUGACCAUUGUCCGAACAUUUGUUACGUUGACACAAUUAAUUGGAAAAUGAUCGGGGCACAUGAUUUACAUUACACCCACUUGAACAACCAAACAUGCGAACCUUGUCCGGAUAUUUGCAAAGCCGAAAAAAGACGUAAACAAACUUUACAAAAACUAAACAACUUGCGUUACGAUUUAUAUGACGCAGGACCGUACAUAGUUAAUGUUGAAAGUAUUUUGAGUAAUAUUAAUUACUUUAAGAUGGGAAAGUUGCUUUCUAAAGAAUUUGAAUCAGAUAUAGUUCAAAUUGCAAAAAGAGGACGAAACGGGGUUGCUCUAUAUUUUAAAAAGUUAAAUAAAGCAAAUCAAUUUUUGGAAAACCAAGUUUUUUUGCAGGCCCAGGGUUUUAGUGCAUUUAUUCCUAGGCACUUAAUUACCAGUAAGGGUUUUAUUAGAAAUAUAGAUAAGGAUUUAAGUGAGGAGGAAAUUGCAAAAAUUUUUAUUUUAUUUAAGGUUAUGGGUUUUGAGUCAAUUUACCGCCAGCAAUUUACCGCCAGCAACUUAGAGCCGCACCAAUUUAUCGGCCCAACAGUUUACCGCCAGCUAUUUAUCGUAGAAACAAUUUAUCGACAGAAAUUCACCGUUAGCAAUUUGCCGCCAGGUAUUUACCGCCUCAACAGUUUAACGCAGCAACAGUUUACCGCCAGCUAA